CUCCAACCUCGAAGCCUCCAACUUGCAGCCCAAGGCCAACUCUCUCAAAGACCUCUCUCUCCAUUUCCUUCCCCACAGCAUUCGUCUCCAAGCCAUCGUCGAAACCCUCGAGCGCUCCUCUGCGUUCUGGUCCGCCAAACGUCAUCUGCAUGAACGCCCCAUCCUCCCAGGAGGACAGGGGCAACGGAGGGCCGGUCGUCUCCGAGCUCGAGCUUGAAUCCGCCAUUCUCAAGGGCGUCUCGAGCCAUAGGCCAAUCGGGAGACACCGCCAUGUCCUCAUGAUUGCCUUGCAGGCCGACGUGCAUCGACAGACAGGCAUUUGGGUGUCGAGCGCGACGCUUUGGGAUGCCUUGGCCCAGUUCUAUGACCUCGAGGCUCUCGACGCCGUUUCAUCAUCAACACCAUCUCUUCCACCAUCACCAGACCCCCUGUCCCCCAUUCCCCAUCCUACGCGGCGGAGGCCGCGGGCCCGCACCGACUCGCCCUUGUCUUCCCCCUCACCAUCACCCGCACUCCCGCCGAGCCGCAGUGCCCAGGUGAUCGACUCCCCUCACUUCGCAUCUGCGUUCGAGCUCCCUAUCCGUCGCGUAUCAAUGACGCCGGACACGUCGGCAUCACCUGAGGAGCCUGACGAGUUGGACUUUUCCUCGCUUCUCUACGCCCGCGCCCAGGGCAAAGACGAGAAAGGCUGGGAUGCGGCGGUACGCAAGCAGCUUGAGGCCUCCGUGGAGGCUGCUCCACCUCCUCCAGAACCUCCAAAGCGACGAGGAGGCCGGAAGUCGCGAGGCGGGACCGCCAGUGCCACCGCAAGCGGGCCGGCGAGCCGACGCACGAGCGGGGGAGGCGAACGCGGCUCGUCGCCGUUGACGAGUGACGGCGAGCCAGUAUUGCGCGGCCGUAAGGGCGCGGGAGCAGCGGCGCGGAAGCGUGGACGAGCGAGCACCGACACCGUCGAGGAAGAGGAUCGACCGCGUGGGCGAGGACGUCGUCGGCUGUAGACGGCCUCUUGGAGCUCGGCGCCUACGCCAUCUAACGGAGCUGCCACCACCUCUCAGCCACUCGACCAGCACACAGCUCGUCAAAUUGCACACGCCUGAUGUGGGCGACCAACAGUGGCAUGUGACGAGCGUGAGCGCCCUGCUACGCACGCGGACCAUGCGCGCGUCGAUGAGUCUCAACUUGCACUCGCGAAUGUGACAUCCCACCAUGCACACCCGAGGCACCCAAGCACAAUGCAUUGCUCAUCACCCGGCGAUACUGUAGAAUAGCAAUAGACCAUGGCAUAUAGUGGUAACCCUG